UUUCUGAACGUUAUCGAUAUUAUAAAGUACUUGUUUCGUAACAGGGUUGGAAUUUUAGAGUUUCAAUUUAUUCAAAGUGAUAUAAAUUCAGCCAUGUAUCACCAACUAAACAGAGUUACUGGCAGGCUUAUUGCCUCUCAUCUGCAGAAUCCACUUUUCCCUGUUGCACCCAUUGCAUUGCAACGAGUGGACCCACCAGCAAUCCAGUACAACACCAACCACAUGUCCACAGUCACUGAAGCUGCUGCGUGCGCCACUGGCUCCAGACGUUUGAUACCUGGCACUAACGUCCCAUACCCCCCUGUCAACGAAUCUAUCCGAAAACAACAAGACCUGUUCCAGAGAGACAAUGACCUUCCAGUACAUUUGAAAGGUGGUCCAUUUGAUGGUAUUUUGUAUCGCUUCACUAUGUUACUGUGCAUCAUUGGGUUGGGUGGCAUCGCUCACACCAUUUAUGGUCAUGCUGUCCCUAAGAAACAGUAAUUCAUGUAAUCAAACUGUUAAUUUAUGUUUUAGAUGCCUGUGUUAAUAUAGAAUUCUGUAUGAGCAAAUAAAGAACCACAUACAAUUAAAA